CCCUGGGAAAAAUCAAGACUUGUAAGAUGCAUGAUCUCGUUCGAGAUAUGUGUUUGAGAGAAUCCCAAUAUGAGAAUUUUUUACACUUCAAAACGAGGUAUGACAAAGAUAAUCUUCUAGAAAACAUUAAUUGUCUACGUCGUAUAGUUGAUUUCAUUAAUUAUGGAUCCAGUGGAAUUUCUAUAUUUAUUCCACUCGCACGUUCUGUUUUCUUCAAACAUGAAUACAACUUUUGUUCCCCCGCACGAUUAAGGUUUAGAUUGCUUAGGAUAUUAGAUGUUUGUUUUCCAUGUUCUUUCUCCUGUAGUCAGUCCAUAUCAGAACUUGUUCAUUUGAGGUAUCUUGCUUGUCCGUCCUUCGGUGGCCUUGUGCAAUCAAUAUGCAAGCUUCGGAAUUUACAGAACUUAGUUAUUCAUGAUGUAAGCUUAUUUGCUUCACUUAUAACAACCCAGUCCCUAGCAUGGGAAGUUUUGAAUAUGCCUCAACUAAGACAUAUCCAUACAAAAAACUUUAGUCUCUUCAUACCCCGACCUACAUCCCUAAUUGCUGAGAGGGAGAAUCACUUACUAACAAUAACCGGAUUGAUUCCCUCAUCUUGUAAUGAUGAGGUGUUUCUAAGAAUUCCAAAUUUGAAGAAGUUGGGAAUUUUAAUUGAUGUUGCUUCAUACCCUAUUAGGAAUUGCCUUGAUAAUCUUGUACAUUUAACUCAGCUUGAGAAGCUCAAAGUUGUGGUCAGAGAGCCUUUUCUGCUAAUUUUUACGCCGAUUAUCGAAGGUUGGAUGGACAUUCCACAUUGUGACAAUUUCCCACCAAACCUUAAGAAGUUAACAUUGUGCAGAACAAACCUACAAUGGGAAGACAUGAACAUUCUCAGAAAAUUACCUAAUCUUGAGGUGCUCAAACUUAAAGAUUAUGCCUUUCGCGGACUAACUUGGAAACUAAGCGAUGUAGACGAAGAUGGAUUCUUGAAGCUAAAGUUUUUACUUCUUGAGAGCUUGCAUCUGAUGCAAUGGGAAGCAACAAGUUAUCAUUUUCCAAGCCUUGAGCACUUUGUCCUAACAAAUUGCCGGUACUUGGAAAAAAUUCCUUUCGACUUUGCGGAGAUUCAGACACUACAGCUGAUUGAACUACACGAAUGUAUGCGUUCUGUUCUUGUUUCAGCAGAGCAAAUACAAGAGGAGCAACAAAGCUUUGGAAAUGAUGACCUCAUUAUCCGUGCGAACUAUAUACUUGAGUAAACAUUAAUCAAAAAGACGUAACGACUAGCUAAAUGGAAAGUACCAUAAGGUAUAUACACUCAAGCAAAUUUGCAGAAGUUCAUGUUAUUUCCUGUCUGUGUAUUUCGAUUUCCUUUUAUCAAAUUCUGGGAAGUAAGUUAGUGAAAUAGUCAUGUUUCAACUUGUUUGGGACUGAAACGUAGUUUAGUGAAUCUGACAUCUAUAUACAUUCAUCAAAAAGAAUGCAUUACCUU